GAAACCAUUUGGCUAUUGGGUCAAUAAAAUCAGCGGUGUAUAUUGCUGGUAAAGGCUCCCCAAGGUCGUAUUCACUCUGACCAUUUGGUACAGUGCAUGUGGCUGAGCAGCAUCUGCCCCGAUCUCUUUAUCUUAUCCGUCUUUUCCCCCCACAUUGUUGGAGAAAGAAAUCGAUUGUCUACUUCGAACUUACCAACCUACAUCUCUUAACUACAUCUCCAAAUGCCCAGAGGAAGGCCUAGGUCUGAAGUCGCUCCAUGCCGGUAUUGCAAAAGGCAAUUCAAGCGACUGGAGCAUUUGCAGCGUCAUGAGCGAACCCACACCCAGGAGAAGCCGUUUUCAUGCCACUGUGGUUGCUCGUUCGGGCGGCAGGACCUUUUGGCGCGCCAUGAAAGGCUAUAUCAUUCUGAAGCAGAUUCUAGACCUGAGGUUGAUGCAGGUGUUCAACGUCCUCCACACAUGCCAGCCUCCUUCGAUCAAAGCCAAGGCACAGGUCUGACACCACAAUCAAAUCUAGGCAGUUCUAGCACCGCGCCAAACCUAGGCUUGGACUUCUCCCAUUUUACAGAAACAGUGGCUCCAGACUCUAAUGUUUCAACCUAUCUCGCUUCUGGGGAUUUGUACCCUCAAGUGGAUGUGUCUCAGGAAGGACUGCAAAUCCCUGAUCCGUUCUGGGGAAAUGAUGCAUUCUCAUUCCCAAAUUUUGUACCGUCACAAUUCCUUGACACUGACGUCUCUCUAUAUAAUCUUUUUCAUCAGCCCUCUUUCCCGAGAGACUCCGUGUCUCAAGCACCCGCCCAAAGCCCAUUAGAAACACACUCAACCCAAAGCAAUUCUGAGUCCGAAGCAGAAUUUCGUGCUCUGGAGACGAACCCUAUUCCAGAGCGUCCGCCCAAAUUCCCGUCUGUAGGAGACCAACUCCAGAAUACUGGGCUAGAAACUGGGUCAGAUGCCGUGAGAUGCCCGUGGGCCGUGUCAUCAGCGACCUACAAAACAAUUCUGGGCGAGAUCACACAGUAUCAAGAUGCACUAUCGAAUUUUUCACCACCAUCAAGAUGUGCCCUGGUCCGCUACCUGGAGGGCUACUUCAACGGGUUUCAAAAACACCUACCUUUCCUUCAUCCACCAACCUUUGACCCAGGUAAUAUCAAGAUUGAGCUUCUCCUGUCCAUGGCUGCAAUGGGAGCGAUGUACCGAUUUGAAUAUCCCACUGGCCAUUAUUUAUAUGGGGCUGCACGAUCUGUUCUGGAUUAUCGUCUCCAGAUUCACCGUAGAAGUCUAGUCGGUCAACUCACCCGGAAACCCCAGGAUUUUUUUGCUACUGGAAGCUGUCCAGGCCACUCUACUGGCCUCCUAUCGAAUACUAACGAGAACGAUGACUCCAGUUCUCGAACACGAGGGCCAGACUUUUCCUGUUCAAAUCUCCACACCGCGCAAGCUCUAAUUAUUCUGAUGGUUAUGAGCUCAUGGGGUCAGAAAUCUUUAGUACAGGAUAGCAUAGCAACAUGCAGCCAGCUUGCCUUUAUGAUACGCGAUAUCGGAAUGCACGAGUCAGAUAAUACCAACGAUCGAGAUCUCAGAUGGCUGGAGUGGGUAGCUUACGAAAAACGACGGCGCACAUUGUUCGCGGCGUAUACUAUUUUCAACAUGCACACCAUCGCUUUCAAUGUGCCUCCUAUGAUCUUAACUCGCGAAGUCUCCCUUAAUCUGCCAUCCUGCGAAGCUGAAUGGAAUGCCACUUCCUCAGUGCCAUGGGAACGCUAUCGCGCGCUGUCUGCUCUGCAUAAACGUGGAUUUUCAGCAACCAUGGAUCGAUUGACAAAUGGGGAAAGUAUAUGUGAGGAAGGGGCUAUCUCAUCGUUUUCCAACUAUGUCCUAAUUCACGGGCUGGUUCAGAAAAUUUAUCUUGAGGUCCAAGAUGGAACAUUUCCUGCUCGGGAAAUUUCUACAAAACCUGAACUGCAAAAAUCCAUAGAAAUGGCCCUCAGGUCCUGGCAGUGUUCCUGGGAAGCUACGUGGGAGUCAACACUAGACCCUUGCUCGCCUAAAGGGCCGCUGGGAUUCAAUGCAACAGCCUUACUGCGGUUGGCUUAUAUCCGGCUUAAUUCCCGUGUCGCAAUGUGUCAUGAAAUGAUCUCUGAUGACCCUGAUCAUAUAAGAAAAGUUCUUACCCAGGUUCGCAAAAUCCAGCUCACACGAUCUCCUUCGCUAGAUCGCACAGUCCUACAAUGCAUCCAUGCGCUCAGUAUUCCUGUACGAGUGGGUAUUGCAUACGUCGCGCACACGCAGACAUUACAUUGGGGAGUACAACACUCAAUAUGCCAUCUUGAAUGCGCUUUGUUUCUCACAAUGUGGCUGCAGGGGAUUUUGGAUGCUGUUAGAGUGGACGGGAUGAACUCGCUGCGUGGAGAUGAGCAGCAACUGCUUGCUAUGACGCAAAAUUUGGUUCAAGAAACCCAUCUACGGGAGACGGUAGAUCAAGAGGGUGACCCUGCGUCCAACAUCCAUCGUCUUACGGCAUCGAUAAGUCGACUUUGGGCGGAGAUCUCGAGCGGUACUCAUGCGUUUGAUAUUGUGCACCGAGUAGGGAGAUCUCUUUCUGUACUUGCUAGCGUUCUAGAAUCGCAGCACUCUGGCACUUGACAAGCAGGAGAUGUAUACCCGAUAUGUAUUAUAUUUUUCGUAUCUUGAAUGCCUUGUUUAUGAUCAAAUACUGAAAUGUAGGGCAUGUUAUCCCAUGGGGGUUGCGGGGUCUCGCCGACCUUCUUAAGCAAACCUGUCUAUUCUAUCAUGGUUCUGUCCCCAUUCGGCAGCCUUCUCGAAAAGUGAAGUUUGUAUCAUUAAACUAUUUCGUUAUUCUUUACCUAUGUCAAGUGCCUUGUUUGCUUCCCAUCUUGCCAAGCUUACAAAUACUCUCACGAUUUUCAACCCCAACUCUCGCCUCC